AUGUCAAAGAGAGCACAAUCAGUCAGCUAUGCCGACUUGGACGAAGAUAAUUUCUCAGACGAGGGCUACGCCGAUCCAGAUGACCUCGAGUAUGGAACAGCCAGGAAAAGAAAGUCGGGCAAGCAGGAGUCACAGCAAGCAAAGAAACGUAAAGCACGCGCGGCUGUGGAUGCGCUCAAGACAGAUUUGCAAGAGGAUGACUUUGCGCAAGAAGACCUCCUAGACGUGACCCCGGAUAUUCCCGCAGACUACGUGCCCGAUGCCGUGUCGAGAUCGUUUGGCAAGGCUGAUUUUUCGUACUUGAAACUCAAGCCCGACCACUUUUCAAGGCCAAUUUGGAUAUCUCCUAUUGAUCUGCGAAUAAUCUUGGAGUCCUUUUCUCCCUUGGCCGAGCAAGCCCAGGAUUUUCUUAUAACUAUCGCGGAACCCAUAUCGCGACCUUCGCAUAUUCACGAGUACAAGAUUUCCGUGUACUCGCUUUACGCGGCCGUGUCCGUGGGACUAGAGACUGAUGACAUCAUAUCUGUGCUUAACCGGUUGUCAAAAGUGCCCGUGCCAGACUCUAUUGUCCAGUUCAUCAAAGCUGCGACUGUGUCAUAUGGGAAAGUCAAGUUGGUCUUGAAACACAACAGGUAUUUCGUAGAAAGCACGCAAGCCGAUAUCUUGCAGUUAUUGCUCAAGGAUGAAGUGAUUGGGCCGUUGCGCUUACAAGAAACGGAAAACACAGUCACCAGUAAUGGCUUGGUGCAAUCCGCGGCACCGCAACCACCGCAAACACAAGCACCAUCAAACCGCAUCGAAAUACCGGGAACCAAAAAAAACACCGAGGCUGAGAAAGAAGCAAACCAAGCUGAGGACAUCUUUGCCUCUGUGGUGGGGAACAGAGACGAAGACGACGAUUUGGAUACCGUCCACUCGUUUGAAAUCUCGCACGACUCGGUUGAAAUCGUAAAGCGAAGGUGUCAAGAGAUUGACUAUCCAGUCUUGGAAGAGUACGAUUUCCGAAAUGACGCUAGAAAUCCGGAUUUGGAGAUUGAUUUGAAACCCUCGACGCAGAUUCGACCUUAUCAGGAGAAGUCAUUGUCAAAAAUGUUUGGAAACGGCAGAGCGAGAUCUGGAAUCAUCGUGCUUCCGUGCGGCGCCGGUAAAACGUUGGUGGGCAUAACGGCAGCCUGCACCAUUCGAAAAUCGGUGAUUGUCUUGUGCACAUCUUCAGUCUCGGUGAUGCAGUGGCGACAGCAGUUUUUACAAUGGUGCAACAUCCAGCCAGAUAACGUUGCCGUUUUCACUUCGGAAAACAAGGAAAUGUUUACUACUGAAUCGGGAUUGGUGGUGUCGACAUACUCGAUGGUGGCAAACACGCGUAACAGGUCGCAUGAUUCGCAAAAGGUCAUGGAUUUCUUGCGCUCUCGUGAGUGGGGGUUCAUCAUUCUCGAUGAGGUGCAUGUGGUGCCGGCAAAUAUGUUUAGACGUGUUGUCACCACCAUCGCUGCCCACGCCAAAUUGGGGCUCACCGCUACAUUGGUGCGUGAAGAUGAGAAAAUCAACGAUUUGAACUUUUUGAUUGGCCCAAAGCUUUAUGAAGCCAACUGGAUGGACUUGGCACAAAAGGGCCACAUUGCAAAUGUGCAAUGCGCAGAAGUGUGGUGCCCAAUGACUGCAGAGUUUUACCAGGAAUACUUGCGGGAAAGCGCUCGAAAGAGGAUGCUUUUGUAUAUUAUGAACCCGACAAAGUUUCAGGCUUGCCAGUUUUUAAUACACUACCAUGAGAAGCGUGGAGAUAAAAUCAUUGUGUUUAGCGAUAAUGUGUAUGCGUUGCAAGAGUAUGCUUUGAAGCUCGGCAAGCCGUUUAUUUACGGCUCAACUCCACAACAGGAGCGAAUGAAGAUUUUGCAGAAUUUCCAGCACAAUGACGAGAUCAACACCAUCUUCUUGUCCAAAGUUGGUGACACCUCCAUUGAUUUACCGGAAGCCACAUGUUUGAUUCAAAUAUCGUCGCAUUAUGGGUCGAGAAGACAAGAAGCGCAACGACUUGGUAGAAUCUUGCGAGCCAAAAGACGUAACGACGAAGGUUUUAAUGCAUUUUUUUACUCAUUGGUCUCGAAGGACACUCAAGAAAUGUACUACUCAACAAAGAGACAAGCAUUUUUGGUUGACCAAGGAUAUGCGUUCAAAGUUAUUACGCAUCUUUCCGGGAUGGAGCAAUUGCCAGAUUUGGCGUAUGCGUCAGCAAGAGAGCGCCGAGAGCUAUUGCAACAGGUAUUGUUGAAGAACGAAGAUGCCGCCGGUGUGGAAAUAGGCGACGAUAUAGACACGAAUUUCAUUCCAAGAGAGCAAAGAAUGAGGCUCGAGAGGGAAAAAAUGAGCGGUGCAACGAGAACGGCUGGUUCAUUGGCUGGUUUGGCCGGUGGUGAAGACAUGGCUUAUAUCGAGUACAGCAAGAACAAGAAUAAGGAGUUGAGGGACUCGCACCAUCCUUUGAUUCAAAAGAUGUACUACAAGAAAAAGCAGUAA